AAACAGCUCCAAGUGGCCGUGGGAGACGAGAAGACGGACGAAAGUGUCAGUCUUGAGGGCUGACGAAAUGCUCAUCAAUUCAAUUUAAAACAUUAUUUGUAGUUCGCCACUCAAGAAACAAGACAUUUGAAGCUAGGCAAUACUUUCUAGCGCCUAUACAAUGGAUGUUAUACCGCGUGGAAAGUUUGGGGUCGCCGUCGUCCUUCUGAAACGAUCAUGCCUCCGAAUCCCUUCAAGACCGCCUUCAAUGCCUGCCCACCUGUCAUCUAGUGGAAAUGUUGUCAAGUCAGAUUUGGCCGGAGGACCCACCAAAAUGGCCAAGAAGAGCAUAUUAUUUGCCGUCUACAAUACACCCAUGUCCAAGGAUAUGAGAUAUUUCAGUCAAGUUUGUGCUCAGCGCCAUCUAGCUAGAAAUAACCAACUUCUCCGUGUUAAGCCAGUCUCAUUUGUCAGUGUACCUUCAAGAGGUGUUGGUAUGCUUAUUGUGAGGGCAAUACGUGGUGUUUUAAAGUUGCGCUACAUUGCACUUGGUGGAGCAAUUGGUGGGGGCAUGAGCCUAAACAAGUCCUAUGAAGAAUGGAAGAAAACUCUUCCAGUUCUUCCUGAUAUGUCAUGGCUUGAGCAGUACUAUCCAGAAUCAGAGAAGAUUGAUUCAGUUCUCACAUCUCUUCAGGAUAUCAAGGACAAAGUUGUUGGAAAUUUAGGAAAAAUGGAACUAGAUCCUCGUUUACGAACUCUAGGCGAAGCAAAAGUUCAAAAUUUAAAAGAGUGGUGGGAUUUAAAAUUGGAGAGUGCUAUUGAAGCUGCCAACAAGGAAGAUGAAAAUGGGAGCCCUUUCAGGAUUUUAGGUGGUGUCGAGAAUUUGAUGAGCCAAUUAGGGCAGAUUGUCACAGCAGGGGUUAAAAGUGACAUUGUUCUCCAUGCUGCCCCUUUCUCUCGGUCUAGUGAGGAGAAGCACAGACAAGAGACAUCACAGCAACGUUUGGAGGCAAUGCAGACAGAACUCAUCUCAAUACAGCUUAAAUAUCAAAAAGAACUAGAACGCCUUGAGAAAGAAAAUAAAGAACUCAGGAAACAAAUUCUUUUGAAAGGUAACAAAGUAGACACCAAGAAACUAAAGAAAUCCCUCAUUGACAUGUAUUCUGAAGUUCUUGAUGAACUGAGUGACUAUGACACAAGCUAUCAAACUCAGGAUCACCUCCCAAGGGUAGUUGUAGUAGGCGAUCAGAGCUCAGGAAAAACAUCAGUUUUAGAGAUGAUAGCCCAAGCUCGAAUUUUUCCAAGAGGUGCUGGUGAAAUGAUGACUAGAGCACCGGUGAAAGUGACCUUAAGUGAAGGCCCUUAUCAUAUUGCUGAAUUCAAGGACAGUGCUCGUGAGUUUGACUUGACCAAGGAAUCUGAUCUUGCAGACCUCAGGAGAGAAGUGGAAAUUCGUAUGAAGAACAGUGUACUCCGUGGCAAAACUGUGAGCAAUGAAGUUAUUUCUAUGUCUGUGAGGGGUCCUGGACUUCAAAGAAUGGUUCUUGUAGAUUUGCCUGGUAUUAUAAGUACUCAGACUGUGGAAAUGGCAGGGGACACUCGAGAUGCUAUUAGGCAAAUGACUCAAACCUACAUGUCCAACCCAAAUGCUAUCAUCCUCUGUAUUCAAGAUGGUUCAGUGGAUGCUGAGCGUAGCAAUGUGACUGAUCUUGUUUCUCAAAUGGAUCCUCAGGGCAAGCGCACAAUUUUUGUCCUCACCAAAGUUGAUCUUGCAGAACAAAACUUGACUAAUCCAGACCGAAUCAAGAAAAUAUUAGCUGGACGUCUGUUUCCAAUGAAGGCUCUUGGUUACUAUGCAGUGGUGACGGGAAAAGGUGGAAAGGAUGAAUCAAUUCAGUCUAUUAAAGACUAUGAGCAAACCUUUUUCCGUAGUUCUAAAUUGUUCAAAGAUGGAGGAAUCCUGUCAAGUCAGGUUACAACUCGUAAUCUCACUUUGGCUGUGGCGGAUUGCUUCUGGAAAAUGGUUCGUGACACAGUAGAACAGCAAGCUGAUGCAUUUAAAGCCACACGGUUCAAUUUGGAAACUGAAUGGAAAAAUAAUUUCCCAAGAAUACGAGAGCUUGAUCGAGAUGAGUUAUUUGAAAAAGCUCGAGGUGAAAUUUUGGAUGAAAUUGUUAACUUGAGCCAGGUUUCCCCAGUUCAGUGGGAAGAAAUGUUCAUGAAAAAGAUUUGGCAAAAAGUCAACAUGCAUAUCUUUGAAAACAUCUACCUACCUGCAGCUCAAACCAACGAUGCUGGAAUGUUUAACACCACUGUGGAUAUCAAAUUGAAGCAGUUGGCUGACCAGCAGCUGCCUCAGCGGGCUGUUGAAACAGGAUGGGAAGGACUUCGUGAAGAGUUCCAGCAUUUCAUGCAUCAAGCCAAACAGUCAAAGGGACACGACAAUAUUUUUGACAACCUGAAAGAGGCUGUUGUGAAUGAUGCUUUCCAACGACACACAUGGGAAGACAAAGCAUCUGAAAUGUUAAGAGUAAUUCAACUUAAUACUCUUGAAGAUCGAUCUGUCACUGACAAGUAUCAGUGGGACCUGGCUGUAAAGUUCUUGGAAGAAAGCCUCAGAGAAAAACUAAAGGGGACAGAGGAAAGAAUCAGAGACCUUGUGGGACCUGGAAGAAGUGAGAGGUGGAUGCACUGGACUUAUCAAACUGAGGAGCAGAAAAAGAGAAGUGCUGUUAAAUCAGAGAUUGAUAAGAUAUUGUACUCUGACCAUAAACAUAGCCCAUCACUUUCAUAUGAUGAAUUGGCAGCUGUUCGCAAAAACUUGCAGCGAAUUGGUGUAAAUGUAGAGAAUGAUUAUGUUCGUGAUACUUGGCAUGUUGUGUUCCGGCGUCAUUUCUUAAAUCGUAGCUUAGCAAGAGCUUACGACUGUCGCAAAGGGUUCUAUUUGUACAACCAAGGCCUUGAAACAGAGCUGGAAUGUAGUGAUGUUGUGAUGUUCUGGAGAAUACAUCAGGUCCUUAAAGUCACUUCAAAUGCAUUACGUCAACAAGUUAUGAACAGAGAAGCCCGACGACUUGAGAAAGAAGUUAAAGAAGUCCUGGAGGAAUAUAGUCAAGAUCCAGAGAAGAAACAAAAGCUCCUUACAGGAAGGAGAGUUCUAUUAGCUGAAGAACUAAAACGAGUCCGCUUAAUUCAGGAAAAACUAGAGGAAUUUAUUCAAGCUUUGAAUAUGGAAAAGUGAGAUAGGAGAUUGUGUGAAAACCUUGUGUGUGUGACCUUAACCACUCUUGUAGGCUCAAGACACACUUCAAUCUUUGGAGUGAAGUCAGUAUGUGGAAAGCCUAUUUGAGUGCGAGAGCAUUCAAAGUUCUGAUCCUUGGAAAAAGUCAUUUUCUUGAAUUGCUGUGAUUCUUAGAGUAAUUAAUGGAUGAAUUUAGUCUGUAGGUUUUUAAUGUCAAACCUUCUAUGGUUUCAUUUUUUUUUCUUAGGUCUCCCUGUAUACUUGCUUGGCAUUGUUUUGAUUUAUGUUUUUCAAUCAUUGAAAAUUCCAUCAUUCCUCUGUGCAAUUUUGCUCGGAGGUUGACUUUAUCAGAGUUGGAUUGUUUGUGAAUGUGACUUCCAUUUUACAUGUUCACACAUCUUUGCAUUGUCUGAAACAGUUCAUGGUGGUGAGGCAAUAUAAGCAUUCACAGUUCUGUC